AUGAAUGACGAUGAACGAUUAGAAUAUAUCAAUAAAUUAAGUACAAUUGUUUUUGAUGAAAUUAUUGAAAAGAAAAAUGGUGAACCAUCAAAAUGGCAAAGUUAUUGGGAACAAGAUGAAAAUGAUAUUGAACAUUGGUCAAAAAACGAUAUACGUCGUGAUCCUGUUAAAGGUUUAUUGACAGCUGUUGAAGAAGGUGAACUUCUACGUGUUCAACAAUAUAUUAAUCAAGAUACAUCACUUCUUAAUGCGCGUGAUUCUGAUGGUUAUACAGCAUUACAUCGUUCAGCAAAUGGUAAUCAUUUAAAAAUUUGUGAAUAUUUACUUGAAUCCGGUGCAGAUAUUCAUGCAUUAACAAAUGAUAAAUGGAAUGCAUUACAUUGUGCAGCUUUUUGGAAUAAUUAUGAAAUCGGAUCAUUAUUAUUACAAAAUGGUAUUGAUAUAAAUGCUCAAACAAAUGGUGGACAAACACCAUUACAUUUAGCUGCAUCACAAAAAAAUAAUCGUCAAAUAAUUCAACUUCUUCUUAUGCAUCCAUUUAUUAAUGUAAAUAUUCAAAAUAAAUUAAAUGAAACAGCUAUGACUAUUGCAAAACGUUCAAGUUCAGUUCAUUGUCUAUUUGAUCUAUAUACAGAUGCAUUGAUGAAACUUAAAUAA